AAUUGUAUCGUUAUAAAAUUGUAUCGUUAUGGUUAUUAAGUGAGUUUAAGGUAACUCAAAAGGUACCAAAAUAUAACACGAAAAGACAGACUGAAUGAUGAAGUGAACGUGAUUAAAAACGCCGCUACCCGUAAGACCAAACACAGGGUAAAGGUGACGACGAGUUUCUGCGCGGGCUAUUUACAACUGCGCCAUUGUUUCAGCGAAUCCUGAUAAAGGUUUAAAAUUUAAUGAAACUUUAAUGAUUACUUGCUUAUAUUUAUCUAGUAUAUUGUCUAGUAGAGAGGUGGGUCCCAUAAACGUAUUUAGCAGGCUGAGGUCAACAGUUGUAGGGAAAAUGAAGGCUACAGUUAGCUAGGUAGCGUCGUUUUACUUUAAAACACAGACAACAUACAAAUGGAGACAAAAUAUCCGGCUUUGAAGAGACCCAGGAGAAAACUCUGCUUCAGUACAAAAAAGAAAAGUUUGUCUAGUCAACUGGGAGAAACCUUCACAAAUCAGGGUGUCGACAAGAUGUUUGAUGAUAAAGAUGUUUGUGCGCUUGAGCCACACCCACCUUCUGUUUUGUUUCAGAGUUCUGAUUCUGGGACAAACAUCAGUGAAGCAUCCAUCUCUCCAGUCCCACAGGAAAAACACUCAGCUAAAGAACUUCCAGAACACCAGAUUUCUUUGCAGUGUCAAGGUCCCCGUAGACAUUUUCAGCUCCCUGCAACAAGCUCACCAAUAUCUAAACUGGACGCUGAUUCGGGCAUCCCGUUCAAAGCACACGGGCCAAUUAAGACUUCCAGUCCAAAAGAACACAAUGGUGUCACCCCGAUUCUUUUUAACAGCGAAGAUGAGGCAGAAGAACCACAAGCACACCCCGUACCCACCCAGAAGCCUCAAUGCGAUGGACAAGGAACUGAGGACAGGGAUGAAAACAUCAAGAAAUCAGUUGGAGAAGCGAGAAAGAAGCCUGAAGAUGCUUCUAGAAGAAAGUCCACUCAGCCACCUGCAGAACCGUCCUCAUGUGGAGGAAAGGACAUGGCUGGUUUCCUCAAGACGUUCCAACUGACGAGAACGUCCAAACCAUCAUGUUCCCAGAAACCUCCAGUGAAAGCGCCGCCUCUUCUUCCUCCUUCUUCUCCAGAGCCAGAGGAUGAUUUUCUGAUUCUGGAAGACGAUGCACCGCUUCAGUUUUCCAUUCCAAGAAAAAGUGCCUCGAGUAAGAGACACCGGCUGAGCAAGAGCUCCAGCUCUAACAAAGAGAGCUCAACAGACAAGGAGACAAAAGAUGGUCCUGUAGAGGUUCCACAGAAACAAAAGGAAGUGGAAAUGGCCACCAGCAAACUGGACGGUCAGGCUGUUCAUCAGAAAAUGACGAAGAAGAAAGACAAAGAGAAAAAUCUUGAGGUGGUUAAGUCUGACAAUGACAAAGGAGAUUCACCCACUCACCAGGAUCUUCCUGCAGACGAAACAAUUGUGGAGCCAGAAGAAGAACCUGCCCAGAAAACUGGAACAAAGAAACACAAGUCCACCAAGAGGAAGAAUUUAAAAGGCGAGAAAGACAUUGCUGCAAAAGGUGGAAGAAACUCAUUAAAAGAGAAGAGAAAACAGGCUGAAGCAUCUAAAGCUGUGUGGGAGACAGAACAUGGCAAUGUGUUUAGACAACUAAUCCAGGGGAACAAUGUUCAGGAGGCAGCAGAUACUGAAGAUCUGAGUGACUUUACAGACAAACACAUAAACUUUGUAGUGAAUGAAGAGGCCAAGCAGGACAAAAAGUCGGCCGCAUCCACAAGCAGCUCAUCUGAAGAUGCUCAGCUUCUCAGAAAGAGAAAGAGGAGACAGCCUGGGGAGUGGUGGAUGAGUUGCCCUCAGAGCCGAGAGAGAACAGAAAACCUUCAAGCCCUCAAAAAGUCCAAACAGAACAGCAAAGAGCCCAGCACAGCAGUACCUUGGACUUUAAAGAACAAGAAAGACAAAUUGUACUCAAGAAAAAACCCAAAAGAGCCCGUAAAGUUAUCCAGCGAUCAUACGAAUAAAGUUAAAGGGAAUAAUGGAAAACAGACUAAAAGGAGAAAUGCAAGAGAUGAGAAGAUCAAAGAGAUAGCAGAAAAAAUCAUUACAGCUAAAGCAGAGCUGGAGGAUCAGCAGAUCCCCGAUGAAGACCCAGAUCCGGAGUCAAGCCCCUUGGUCUUCUCAAAGAGAGACCACGGCAUCAAUUCAGGCCCUGCGUCUCAGCUGUGUCAACCAAAGGAGCAGCUGGGGGAAACUGAACCAACAAAACGAAGGAGCAAACCACCAGGUGAUUGGUGGGUAGUUUCAACUGAGCCUAAUGAUUUGGAAAUCAUCGCCUCACAGCCUUGGCAGCCUCCCUUAAAGGAGCCCAAACAUCAGAAGAAGCAGGAAAAACUGCCUAAGCAGAAGCCAUCCAGACUUGGCGCUCCAAACAAUGGCAAUGUUGCAUCAAAAACACCAGGGGGAGCUCCAGUGACUCAUGUGAGGCCACUGUCUACUCCAAAGACCGUCAAACGCUGUCUUGAAACAUUUGAAGACAUGUUCACUUCGGUCGGGGAGACCCCCACUACGGCCACCAACAGAGAUGCACGUCAGUGCAAAAGACGUAACGUCACGUCCCAGGCUGUAGAGGGGAGCCCUGAUACCGGCCCUGCAACAUACAGCAGGCCUGAUGUACGCAGUGGAGCGGAUGUUGAUGAAUGCUCACAGCCUGACCUGGAGAUCCUACCGGAAAGAGCAUGUCAGACUGAGGACACCUUUAGAGUCCUCAGCAGUGGACCUUCCUCCAUGAUUGAGCUGGAAAAGUAUGACUACGACGAUGACGACAUGAAGUUGCCGUCAUCCAGGGUUCGAACUUGGCUGUCUGUGUCUGAUUUUUGCGCUCCUCCCCUCGAAAUGCUGGCCCUACACUCAAAGGAUAAGGAAUACCUCACUGAAUGGUUCCAGAAUCUCUGGUCCACAGGAACUGGCGGAGGCACUACAGUCACUCCUGACCAGUUUCAGUGGUACUUCUACCAAGACCGAGCCCUGGGUAUCCAGGUGGACAUUAACAGCAGCUCCAUCUGUUCUGGAAAGCUGGUGAUGGGCUCAUACAUGAAGAAACCCCUCUGGGUGGAUCACAGUGCUACAACAAUUUUCAACUUAUUAACAAACGCGGUGAGUGUUACGGUCGAUGGCAGUGCGUCUCACUACAGCGCUGGAGAAGCUUUUAUGGUGGAGUGUGGACGAGCCUACAGCAUCCACAACAAAAACGUACAGCCGGCUGCUCUUUAUUUCACCCGGAUGUUAGCCGAGAGUUCGGACAGAAGUAGUUAAAGUCAUACAAUUUAUCUGCAUGCACUGUAAAAAGGCCUAUUGGUAUGACUAAUUUAAUUUUAAAAUGUAAGCUGUAAAUACAAAUUGUGUGUUUUUUUUGUUUUGUUUUUUUUUGCAGAAAAUUUGAGGCAACUUUUCCUAAACUGAAGCUGUAUGAAUUUAUAAAAUUCUGCUUUAGCAGAGACAAAAAACAACAAUUUGUAAAUAAAUUACUGCUCUUUUUGUA